UUUGCAUUUUUGGCAAGUGAAAUUUAUUAACUAAAAAAAUUAGAAGGAAAAUCGAAAAGAGAUGACUAGAACCAAACUGAUCAAUAUCUCUUCAUACUCACCAAUAUCCCAGCCUCCUUCGCCUGUUCCACCUGCUUUCCAUGUUACUGAAGCUGCUGCGGGUUUUCAGGCUUCUAGGCUUGCUACUUCAAGUUCAUCAUCGCUGAAUCACUCUUCUGAUUCUUCUUAUGGUCGAGGAGGCAAGGGCAAGGCUAGAUAUGAGAUAGGUGAAUCCUCUAAACGUAAGAAGGGGAAGCAAACUGAUCUUCAUUCAGAGAGACACACAAGACAGUGUCGAAAAGACCCGGGGAUUCACUUUUACCCGGUGUCUGGUCAACUUCCAUAGGUCUUCUUCAGACCUUGAAGAACUCAGAGUAUAAUGUACCCUUAUACUCUUGAGGUUAACUCUUUUUGGGGUAUGUCUUGCUUUCAGGUCUUUAGGAAAUAAAGCACCUUUGUCAGG